AUGUCGCAGCUUUUUAAGAUCCAUGCCAUCGAGAUGGAGGCAAAGCGCAUUCGUCGGGCUGGUCCUGAGUGCGUUUCGUACGGGGUAUGGAAUGCCAUACUAUCUUGGCAAUUUCCGGUUGUUGAUGGCUAUAUUACAAGGCCACAGGACCAGCACACCUCGCAAUCUGGCCAAAAGGGGUAUUCUGACCUUCAUACCUUUCACUAUCCAGAUGGCGAAAACAAGGCCGAUAAGUUCCUCAUCACCCAGUGUAAGAGGAAGGGUUUAGAAGGCCGGAAGUCUGUCUGGACAGAAGGGGCCGAGCAAUUGCGCCAAUAUCUGAGUGCAACACAUAAGACUCAUCCUGUGAAAUCCCGCAAGCUAGUUUACGGUAUUGUUACCGUAGGGAAAUAUAUGCGUGUCUAUAAGUACUCCGAUGCGCAAAGAGAUGUUGUGGAUUGGGCUCCGCAUGGUGUAAAAAAGGGUGCAUUUCUUGAUAUUCUUAACAAAACAGAUCAACCCAAGAUUACAAAAAUCCUUGAUUAUAUCAGGGAUAACCAUUGA